CCCCAGUGCCCUCCCAGAGUGCAUGCAGUGCACCCUGUCUGUGUCCAUACAUGCAGGCAUGUGUGGCUUAUGGCACAACAAACCUCUUUUUGAUGCUACAAACCAUACACAUUGCAUGUUAAACUGUGCAUGGUGCUGCUAAUUUGCAGUGCAGGGGCAAAAUUUGCUACCAGGAUUUUUGGUAGCCACACUGUACUCAGUACAGAGUGGCUGGCUGGGGUAUAGUGUGCCUCAGCACUGGGGCUCCGCAGCACGUGGAGACAGGGAAAGCCCUGGGCUGUCUGUUCCUCCAUCUCUGUUUGCUCCUCCCUGGCUGGCUGGGAUGUAGGGUUCCUCAGCUCAGGGGCUGCCUGCUAGCAAACCCCACACCAAGGCACCCUGUGCUCUAGCAAGUCCCAGCCCCCAACAGCACACAGAGCCUGGCUGGAGCAGCAUGCCAGGAGCUGGGCAUGGGCAGUCUUCCCACAGCAAACAAUGUGUCUCACAACAAAGCACAUGUGCAGGGGUGUGCACUGCAGCACAAAGUAGCAGCACAAAUUUGUGCAGCUGCUAUUUGUGCCACUGCAAGUGCAUGCCCCUACUCAUCUGGAUGCAGCCCCUGUGUUUCCCUGAAGCACAGUAUGGGAUUGUAAAGGGGGCAUGUUCUGUUCCCUGCUGGAGCAGCAGAGUCCAGCAAGUGACGGUAUCUCCCGGGGAGGGGAGUGAUGCUGGAGUUUAUGGUUCUGUUCUGAGAGAAGCCACCACCACAUGUACAGGCAUUCACUCUCCCACUGGGAGUGAUUUAACCCUGGUUGUUCCCAGGUUAUUUUUCUCCUGGAGCAACCAUUUUUGCUCUGGAAGAAAAAUCCUGAAAGUCUGUAUACUCAUGGUUUCUCCUGGGAGAGCAGCAACUCUUCCAGAAGAAACUCAAUGCCUGUUUGGCUUGAUUAAGGAAAUUUAACCAGAACACCUAAAUAUCCUGACCCAGAAGAAGUCCAUCUUCUUGAAAACAGCAGGAAGGACUCAGGGGUAGUAAUGGGUGGAGGAAGGAUAAUUUUAUAGUUAAAGCAUGGGACUGGGAAUCAGGAUAUGUAUUUUUUCUUUUCUGUUUAUGCAGCCUUUCUGAAUGAUCUUGAACAAGCUCCCUAUGCCUCAGUUUAUUUAACUGUUUUUUUUCUAAAUAUGUAUAAUAAUACAGGUUAUUGUGGGUUUUGUUAAUGCUUGGGAAGUGACUGAGAUGCUCUGUUAGAAAGACCUAUGGACCAAAUCACGACCUGAGAUUGAUGCCUUGUUUUCCCUGUCUGGGCUAUCCCACCAUGGAUUCACACCACAGUAGGGACUGAAGCGUCAGUAGGAAGCUCCCUUCCUCCAACUCAUGUGGAUACACAUGGAUGGGAAGAAGAUGGAGCCUUGAUUACUCUCUGCUACCCAUUCUGUAUAUGUAGGAUAAAUUCAUGAUCUUAUGCUAAGAUGCAAAAUACUUUUAUAUUGAAUGAAAUCAGGAAAAAAAAGAAAAUUAGAAGAGAAACAUGAGGUCUGAGUGCUAAAUCAAAGGUGACAGAAUAGGUUUAUGGCACUUGAGGUCCCUAGCCUCUGUACUAAAAUUUGCUGUGUUCAUUGAAGUGUUCUGUUAAUCAGGACAGCAGCAGGAACCCUGUCAAGACAGUGGGAAAUCUAUAUUUAGGUACUAAAUAUUAAUAAAUGUAAAACAAAAUAAUAGACUAUGUUUUCUGAGUCCAAUAUCAAAAUAAGAAUGAUAAGAUGAGGAACAGCCAUACAGUCUGUUAAAAGCAAUAGAAGAUUCCCAAUGAUUGGUUCUUAAAUCAGACCCUAAAUAAGCGUUUGUAGUGAUGUAUUUUCCAGUUUUGUGGCUGUCUGCUUUUAAGUUGCUACUUGUGUCAUUUUUUUCAUAAAGCUAAGACCUAUUUUACUUUUAACUUUCUUGUUUGCUAUUUUUAAAGAGAAAAAAAAAUAAUUUGGACAUCGUCAUAAGCAUCCAUUUAAAAUGUAGUUUCUUUAAAGCAUGUUUAUUAGAAAUAUUUAUGAAAAUCACUUGGCAUUGGAGGGUAGCCAGUUUUUGUUGGGACCAUCCUGUUCUAAACACUUGUCCCAGGUGUCCCAUUAGUUUCAUCAAAUGACUGCAUUUGUCCUUUUUUCAGUGGGAUGCCCAGACCUGGAGUUUAAAUGGGACCACAUCCCCUCCCCUGCUCUUGGAACGUACUUAGCUAAGAGUGGGGCUCAGAGACAGCUGAUUGUGUCAGAAAGCAGGGUAUCCCAUUUUGAAACUAGGGAAAUAUGAUUACCUUAUUUAGAAAUUAUAGUAGAAUCCAUUGGAAAAAAAUAGUACUUUCUCUUUAAAUUUGUUACUAUAUUAUAAGCUUUCCAGGGUGAAAUGUUUUCAUCCUGUGCCUAAUAUUCUGUAUGUGCUCUAAGAAUGAAGAUAAUAAUUUUGGCAUCAGCUGAACUGUUUUAUUUAAUUGGUAAUCAAACAAAAAAAGGUUCAAAUUGAUUUCCUUAAAAAACUAACCUGCUUUUAUGAUUGUACUUUUCAGUUAGAAAAAGGAAAAAUAAUACUAAUUGCAGAUCAACAACCCAAUUCAACAGCCUGAAAUUUAUUAAGAACUAUGAGCUGCAACAAGAUAGUUAAAAAAUAAGGUACCUGAUCCUGUUCAAUCUAGCAAUGUAAGCAAGAAUUGACACAAGUUCAUAAAUAGGAUUUUUUGUAUUUAAAAGAAUUACUGGCAUAUAAUAAAACAGCCCCUGUGAACACAGCUUUUAUCUUCCCUAACAAGGCUCGGCUUUUAUAAUGAUUUGAGAAAAUACUUUUAUUCAGUCCUUAUUCAAGGCAGGCACGGUUCUUUGGGUAGAUGCAGUAUCUUUUAUUAGACUAACUUUAUGAGACCAAUAUUAGUCCUUACUCAAGCAAAUCUCUCAUUGAUAUCAGUGUGGGUUUCACUUGUGCCAGGAUGCAGGAUACUCCACUGAAAGCAAUCCAUAUUCACAGUGUGUUGACAUUUAUGUAGUUAUACUAAAGGGCACUUGGUACUGUUUAAUAAGAAAAGAAGUUGGUGACUGCAUAAGCUCAUGACUUCAGAAUUGUGUUUACUGUAGAGGUUUUACAGGUGAAAGUUCAUAUUAAGUUUAGCUGCUGAUCUCCUUCCAAACAUGGCUGAUGUGUAUUAAGAACAGGCCCUGCUAGUAGGACAGAUUUUUAUUUGUAUAGUAAAAGAAAUGAGUAAGAUUUAUACUUACACUUACCUGGAAGUGCCAUGGGGAGAUGGAGAUCUAGGUUCUUGGGCAGAUCGUUCACCACUGCAUGAGGCAGCCAGUCAAGGACGUCUCCUCUCUCUAAAGACUUUACUGUCACAGGGUUACAAUGUAGAUAUUCUGACAAUUGAUCAAGUCACUCCACUGCAUGAGGCCUGCCUAGGAGAUCACGUAGGCUGUGCAAGAAUUCUUCUUGAAGCAGGAGCAAAUGUAAAUGCUACAACGAUUGAUGGAGUGACACCCUUAUUUAAUGCAUGCUCAAGAGGCAGUGCGUCUUGUGCAGAGCUUUUGUUGGAGUAUGGUGCCAAAGCACAGUGGGAGUCGUGUCUCCCUUCACCAAUUCAUGAAGCAGCCAGUAGAGGUCAUAGUGAAUGCCUGGAGGUGUUGAUAUCUUGGGGUAUAGAUGUUGACCAAGAACUACCUCAUUUGGGAACACCUCUGUACGUAGCUUGUGUUUCACAGCAGAUCCAUUGUAUUCGAAAGCUUCUUUAUGCAGGUGCUAAUGUACAGAAAGGAAAGCAUUUGGAUACUCCACUACACGCAGCUGCUCAACAACCCAGUGCAGAGAUAGUGAACUUACUUCUUGAAUUUGGUGCAGACAUUAAUGCCAGGAACACAGAUUUUGAAAGGCCUAUAGAUUUAGCUCCUCCAAGGAGUUUGGUGGAGAGAACGUUGCUUCUCUACGAAGCUACUCCGUGUUCCCUUUGCCAGCUCUGCCGACUGUGCAUCAGAAAUUACAUAGGAAGAACUAGACUGCAUCUGGUUCCUCAACUUCAGUUGCCAACAAUACUGAAGAAUUUCUUGCAGUAUAGAUAAAGUAGUGAUUCACUUUUAGAGAUCAAAUAAUAAGUCUGUUUUUGUCUGUAUACUGUAUGUUUCACAUGAAGAACUUCUGGGCAAAAGACAGCCUUUACAUAUUCAUUUAAUAAGUCUUUGACACCAGGAGUUGCAACAUAACUCUUUGGAGCCAUUCAGUAACUUGGUGCCAAGGUGCUAAUACCACUGAGUAAAAUGGUGUGUGCUAAUACUCUGGGAAAUGACUGUAUAGACAGCUUCAGCUUAACACUUACUAAUUAACUGUACACUUAGUAAUUAACUGUAGUGCUGUUAAGGUUAACUUUAAUCGUAUUUAUACUUUAUAAGUGCUUGAUAUACCUGAAAAAGAGAGUUUAUCAAGGGUAUUGUUGAGUUUGUCAGUUUGGUUUUAUUAUUUUAAGUAUUUCUAAAUUUCUGUUAUUUUUGUGCCUAGAAAUACAUGGAGAUAGGCAAGCUCUAUACAUUGAAAAAAUAAAAUAAACAAACCUUAAUAUUUCCUUCUUGCUUUCCCUAUGUAGACAACUUAUAAAUGACAGCUGGUGGGUACUAAUUUCCAUUUCCAACCAUAUAUCAUGCUAAAGCAGACAGGUAAUGGAUAGGUAAAACGAUGUUCCCAUCCUUUCCAACACAAGGUCCACUGUCAGCAGAAUUAAAGAAAUUCAGAACCUGAAUUUUCCCUGAUAAAGAAACAGAAAAUGUUAUGAUUAUCAGCCAUACUGUUGAACCCAACAUUAGUCCUCCUGAGCUCUGAAAGCUAAGAUGAUGCACACUUUCACUGUUCUACAUUUACCAAUACCAUUAUGUCUUACUGUAGCAUUUAUUUGAGGAGGAAGCCCUAGAAAAAAGUGUAAUUAAAGCCAGAAAAAUAUAAAAGCGCAUGUCUGAACAGACCUUGCAUUCUAUGCAUCCUCAUGCCUCUGGGCAAGAGUAUAAAGGGCGUGCACACACAAACCUUUGUUGCUACCUUGUCACCACCUCCACUGUCUUUUGGAACGUUUCAAUUUGCCUGAAAUGUUACAUCUAGUAACAUUAUUUUGGGCCUUGUACCAGGUGCUAAUUCCAACCAAAACCAAUUUAUUAAGUCCUUAGCAAAUGCAAUUCUAAAUUAGGAAUAAAGCAUUUUCAGCAGUUACAAUUUGAUACUGUAGCUAGUCAAAGCAAAUGAUCACCACCCCAAGAUACUGCGAACACAACUUCACUGGUUGAUCAGGCCGUGAGGUCUUGUCUGGGAGCUCCUGGCUUCCCAAAGCCUUCUGGGUCCAACAGGGGCUCAUGGUGCUCUCAUUCUUAGCAAUACUCUUUUACAUGCAAAUAGUUUACAGAGCUAGUUAAUUAUGAUAUACAGUAGUUUUACAAAGAAUGAGCCAGGAAAAAAUAUUGUUUUCCCUAAAGUCCUAUGGUAUUUUCUUUGAUAUAGUAAAAUGUGCAGAUACUCCAGGCCUCCUUAUGAAGCUGUUAUACCCACAAGUAAUGGAUAAGCAUACUAAAUUCUUGGAUUACCUUAGCAAAAAAUGCAAGAUCUGCAAGUCUUUUUAGAAGAGAACUGAGAAUCCAGAGUUGCAUCUUAGAGACUGAUGGAAACAAAAAUAUAUACACCCCACCUCUGGCCCUGGACACUAAAAAGAUGAAAUAAAAGGCUUUUGUUUGCCUAAAUGAAUCUGCCAGCUCCCUCUAUUUAUCAUACAGCACAUUUUGAGAAGAGCCAUCUUUCCCAAAGCGAUGUCCAAGGCCAAAUCCUCAUAUAUGACCUAUAAAGGUUCUAGAAGACAUCCUUUGCUUAGAAAAUCUGCACCUGCUACCAAGUGCAGAGUGAGCAUAUUCCUCUGAUGCUUUAGUCCUAAGAGAAUGACAUUAUGAGCCUCAACAGCUAUACUGGCAAGCUUCAGGUCAACCCAGGCAAGAAGCAUCGCAAAUCCCAUGAGAGAGAGAUCCAACAGCUUCAGUUUUAGCUUUGCUUUAGCCACCUUAUACUUUCAAAUAGCCUAAUGCACUGCUUCAUCAGAAUCAGAGUACUAUUCAUUUGCAUUCCUCUUUCCAUUCCUCCUUUUGGGAAUCAUUUACCUUAUUUACUAAGUGCCAGGAACCUUUUCCAUGGGUUCCUUCUUACUACUAUACAUUCAAAGCUUUUGCAUUUGAAGCCCCAAUUUAAAAAGUGUAUCAAAAAUAAAACUGGAUCAUGCCAAGAUCAUCUUAUUAGUUCUAGCACAGCCAACACAAUAUGGUCCUGUGACCUUUAAAUAUUGUCAGUUCAGCCCCUUCACAAAUUGUCACUAGUCCAGGAUGUGAGUAUUAAGAUCUUGACCAUCUCCUAAAUCCCAGCCUGGAAAGCCUUCAUCCCAGACCCUGAAGAUUGAAUAGCAAACCCAUUUUCAGAAGGAUGACUCUCAGCAGGUUCAAGACAGAUUUCUGAAAGAGUAGAAAGGCUACAGCAGCAUGGCUACCUGUCCAAAUGAAAAUGUUUUUAAUUUGGACCCAAUUAAAAGAUUGUUCCCUUUGUCUAUGCAGGGCAUUUUGGAUUACCUGCUAUACUUAAAAGUAGUAUUUAUUCCAGAAGUGUGCUUUAGCAGCUAUUUCAGCUACUUACCCUCCAAUAUAAGGGCAUGAAGUUCUCUCACAUCCCACAAUUGCAAUAUUUUUGAGGGGAUUGAUUUGAAUUUCUCCUAUUAAGGAGCUCAUUCCUCCUUGUGACUCACAACACUUAUGGGUCUCUUCGAACCUUACAGUCUAUCUGUUCUUUUGUCAUAUUUAUUUGCCAUUGUGACUUUUCUAAUCAGUGUAACUUUCACCAGGGUGGUAGGAAAGCUUCUCAGGGUGGUAGAUACACAACACAGCAGUUCAAAAAUAAGUUACUGCUAAGUCCAUUGCAAGUUUAUAGCCAAGGUAGUUUCAGAUUUACAUCUUACUCAAACAAUUGACUUACCAUGCUAUUUUCCCCCAUCAAGUCAAGUCAAGGAGAAACUAUAUGCUAGGAAUAUACACUUCCCUUUUGUUCUACAUGCGCAGAAUAAAGGACUUCAGAGCAUCACCUGGGCUAUUUGUGGCAAAAAGUAAAAAAAAAAAAAAUUCACAAUGAACUACCCUUUGCAGAAAUCCUGUUACAACAUAUCCAAGGUGAAACCACCAAACAAGCUGACUGUUCACUGUACCAGAGCUCAGGUCUCUUCUGUAGCUUUUCUAAUUAUACAUUUGCAAGGCAACAGCAUACUCAUCCAUUCAUCUAUAUUUUUACCAACUGUUGUGCCAUCAUAUUCACCUCUAGAUCUGAUACCUUCUUUGAAAAAUCCAUGUUGCCUCUGAAACCUUACAACCAGCAGGAACAAUGCUUGGUAACCAACAAGUUAAAUGUGUAGGAGCACUUGAAUAAAAAGAAACAGACAUUUAACUUUUUGUAAGGGAGGUAUGUGUGUGUAUGUGUACCGAUAUAUUCCAGUGAGAGAUGUGUGUGUCUAGUGCACCCAAGUUAGAACCUACUAUUAAAAGGCUUAUGAGGGUAGCACAGCUCGUACUUUUGCCUUUCACUGAAGGCACAAAGGGGGCAGCGUUGUUACAGCUUCCUCAGUUACUUUACACUACAAUCCCUGUAAGGUUGAACUCUGAAGGAAAAAGCAGCAUGGAAUAUGUAUGUGCACAUGUUUUGAAGACCAACAGUUACAGAAGUGGUAAGAAGCUGUUUCUUAUCAAACUGUCAGGUUAACUUUAAUGAUCUACUUAUGAAGUCUAAUCCAUUUCACAUUACACAAUCUACCACCAUUUAUCUGUAAUGCUUUUCCUUACUCUUGCAAAAUGGUUGGCUAGGGGACUUACUCCCAUUGGCUGCUGAGUUAUCCCUCAGCAUUGUCAUACACCUCUGGUUUCAUCUCUUAUUUCCAUUCCUCAGACCCCUCAUUUAGAUCAGCUUCCUCAGUCUUAAUAUUAUGCAGUAUGAACAUGCCGGGAAUAUUCUGUUAACCUUCUGAGGAGCAUAAUUAUAAUGUGCCACUAGAAUGACAUUCUGGUGGAUCUUGGAGCAUAGUGUAUUUGUUUCAUGCCCUUGUUUGAAGACUAAUGAUGAAGUUGAGAAAUUGCUCUUGGAUAGACUAUCCUGACUCUUAAAGGAAACUAGAUCAAUUAUAGACUUCAUUACUGACUUCAGUGUGAAUACCUCCAUCUGAAACUAUUAUGAGAAUGUUACUUUGGCUUCUCUUCUUCCCAAGAAUGGAGUGAGAUUCAGAGGCACCACUUCUGAAUGCAGGGACAGUUUGAUAUCAGGACAGUGGAUCAUAGCAGAACCUAAGAAAUAUAUACACAAAUGCCAAAUUAUGAUCUUGCUUGCUUUUUGUUUCCCUGUGUACAUACUUUUGCAUAUACUAUAAAAGUGAUUUCAAUAAGCAGCAUAAUUCACCAGGGAAGUCUCAGGGAUACGUGUAUGUUAUGUACUAUAAACAAUGGCAAAAACUAAUUCCUUGACUCC